GUUGCUGCAGCGUCUUCAAGCAGGAGAUGCAGAUGAUGAGCUUUUGCGUGUGGUCCUGGAAGGGUCCAGCGUGGACUUGCAGGACUUUUUGCGAGGCACAGGGGCAUCGGCAGCAACAGAAUUGCGGAUAUGGUUGGGCUUCUUGAAGCUGGACGACAAGAUACCAACUGUGCAUUCCAUUAAGCGGCUGCUUUUUACAGGGGAAGGAGGAACUGCAGAUGGAGCUGAUGUCGUGGCUCUUUUCCUCACGGACUUGUUCAUCCACCCCAGCAGCCUGAAUGGUUUGCGAAGUUUGUUGAGGAAUGCCAUGGGAGCAGACCGCGCUUCGGAGUAUGUUUUCAAUGAGGAUGACCCGGCUUUGCUGAUACGUCAGAUUCCGGCGCAGUUGGUCAAGGCUGACGAG